AACACUGUGUUAAUUACUUUUAUAGACUCCUAAAGGAUAGCUAUAAAUUAAAAUGGGGGUCAUAAAUGGUUCACUUCCAUCUCAAAGUGUCAGUAAAUUGUCCUGACACUAAUAAUUCCGUUCCAUUUCAAAGUUAAAUGUAAAAUUCCGGGGAUUCCUGACACACCCAGAUACUGUACUUUUGUAUUCGUUUUUAAUUAAGUCACUUCCCUUUAUACACAAUGAGAGUACGACAACGGAAAGAAACCUCAUUUCCGUAUAUGGGCAUGACAUAUGCGUCAGUAGUUGCGUCACAAGCCUGGCCAAGUUGAGAGACCCGUUUGUGUUGCCUUCAAGUACACCAGGAUCAACUUUGAAGUGAUUUCAUCAGAGGCCGGUAAAUAUAUCUGAUUCAUACAUUCGGUCGAAAAUGGACCGUCUAUAAUAACGACUGGUGAAAACCGCGGUAAAUAUAAUAAACGCGUCGCAUCACAUACAGGAGUGUAUUUCAGUCUUAAGGUCACACUUAAGGUCUCCCAGUGUGUUUUCAUAGGUUAUGGAAGGUACGUCUCAUAAGCUCCGCCCAAUGCGGAAGCGAGAGUUUCGCCAUUUGUGCAUAUUUCAUCGUGUUUACAUUAUACAUUGUAGUCUUUAUAUUGUCUUCCGAAAUGAUAAAUGUCCACAUAUAAUGUCCAUAUGUUCAACAAUCUUCACUUGUAGACAACACUUGUUUGUUAUAUCACCUUUAUCGAGUUCAGAAGCUAUUCAUUCUCCACUUGGUGUAAACAUCCAUGGCGGGGCUUUGUUCUCAGCUAGAACAGCUAUUUUAUACACGUAAACACGACAACAGCAAAUGGCCUAGUAAAUACUAGAAUCCAUUGAAAACAAGGGUAGAAAAUCAAUAUGAUUUGAUGAAAACGCGACUUCAAACUAACAACACAUCACUACAGUAAGUUUACCACAGUCCCCAUCUUGGAAGUUGAGUUGAAGGGUGGCGCGCCAGAGUCGGAAAUUUGAGUUUCCUGGGCGUUCCCAUCUUCACUGGAAUUUGGUAAUUCCGGCUACCCAUGUAAAAAGCUCACGUAAAGGAGAGUUGAAUUGACAGUCAGUUCACGCACUGGUUUUACCGGAGUGUUUUUAACCUGAGGGGAUUUAUUAGUUCACAGCUUGCUUUCACACACACACUAAUUGUUAUUGGGAAUGGGAUUCUUCCUCACCAAGUUGAUGACUGUGUUUGGUGACAGAGAGCACAAAGUCAUCAUCGUGGGUCUGGACAACGCGGGCAAGACGACCAUCCUCUACCAGUUUCUGACGAAGGAAGCCGUUCACACGUCGCCGACCGUCGGCAGCAACGUGGAGCAGAUCACAGUGAGAAACACACACUUUCUCGUGUGGGACAUCGGAGGCCAGACAAGCCUUCGCACCAGCUGGUACUCCUACUACUGCAACACUGAGGACCUUCAAAACGCCGCCAUUCUCAUCCUGGCAAACAAGCAAGACGUGAAAGGCUCCAUGACGGCAGGCGAGAUCUCACGCUGCCUCACGCUGGACGCCAUCACGACACACAACUGGCACGUCCAAGCCUGCUGCGGACUGACGGGAGAAGGUCUAACUGCCUGUCUGGACUGGAUGAGGUCACAGGUCGUGGUAAACUGAAAAUCCUCUCAGAGGCAGAGUUCAAAGGUUACCAUGUCUGGAUUCCUUAACAGCACAGCACUGGAAUGCAAGCUACCUCAGCAAAGCUCGUUAGCCAAUGAAAAGGUGCCAUGUUGAGUAUUUUUCGACAUUUUGAAAUAAGGUGCCAAGAUAGCUAAUUGGAAGGGGCCACAUAGUGAAAAAUGAAAGAAUGCAAAGGCCACUUUGAUAUUUUACAAAGCAACACAUGUAGAUAUGCUAAGAAGGUACAUAUAAGAAAAAACUAUGAAAUACUGUAUGAAAAAUUUGCUUUUUUUCCAUUUUUGCUGGUUUGUUUUCCACCAAAUAUUUAAACUAUCUUCUUAAAUAAUUGUAAAUAAUCUCGGAAAUAUUCUGACUUUAUUCCCAAAAUAUUUUUAACUUUAAAAAAUAAUUUAAAAUGUUCUUUAAUAGUUCAACUCCAUGCUACUAAAAUGACAUUUUUCCACACAAUAUUGCGAGUUUAUUCUUGUAAAAUUGCACCUUUUUUCUCGGUAGAAUACGACAUUUUUCUCUUCAUUGCAGCAGUUUUUUUUCCAAUUUUGCUUUUGUUUUUUUUUCCCCCAACUGGUUCCACUUUCUUCUUGUAAAUUUUUUUCUCGGAAAUGUGACGUUAUUCUCAUAAUAUUUUGACUUUGUUCUCAUAACAUUAGAACUUUGUUCGCAUCCUAAUUUUCCAAAAAUGACAACUAUAUUGUUUUUUUUUGUCUUUUUUAAAACACCGUUUUUUCUUUAAUAUUUCAACUUUACGCUACUAAAAUGACAUUAUUUUUCCUGAUAAUAUUAAGUUAUUCUUGUAAAAUUGCAACUUUUUCUCAUUGUAUUACAACAUUUUUCUGUUUUUUAUUUUGUAAAAUUACUGCAGAUUUUUCCAUGUUUGCUUUUGUUAAUUUUGUAAGUUUUUGUGUAAAUUUUAUUUUAAAAAUGUGCCACGGGGCCAAUAAAAAAUCAGUAGCGGGCAGCAAAUGGCCCCCGCACCACAUGUUGGACACCAGUUUCACAUUAUUAACAGGUGGAUACACUGUUUGUGCUUUCUUAUCUAGUGGAAGAACAUUGAAUUGUUCUGCCUGUCACUUAGGUUACUGGCACAGAUAGAUGAACAAAGGUUCAUUGUUUGUUGUACAGUGUUCCCUCGUUUAUCGCAGGGGGUUCCCAAAAUAGCCCGCAAUAAGUGAAAUCUGGGAAGUAGCCAACUUCAUUCUUUUACAAUGAUUAUAUGUUUUAAGGCUGUAAAACCCCUCACGAUACACUUUAUACACUUUUCUCAGACAGGCAAUUACAUUUUCUCACAUUUCUCUCUAAAAAGUUCAAACUCACAUGUAUUUCACUCAUGUGGCCGUGCCUUUACGUCCAGGCGCCGUUCCGCGUACUGUAGCGUUUUUGUAUCCUUGUUAAGAAUAUUGCUGUCCUCCUCUUGUUGCAGUCCUCCUCCGAGCCGAAAAUUUACAAGCUAGCAAGCAAGUUAGCGAUGACACAGGAGAAAAUCGGCAGAGCGGCACGAAGGACAUUGAUCGACAAUGGUCUACAGCUAAUAAGGACACAGAAAACAAUGGGCGGCGCAGAAAACAAUGGACGGUGCAGACAGACGAGAGAGGGAAGAGAGAGACACUCAACUUCCCACAAUGCAAUUUCUUCUUAAAGUGCCAGGGCCAGCAUUCAUAAGUUGUGAUUUUAAAAACAAAAACACAAAAAAAAAUUCAGCGAAACAGCAAAUCUGCAAAAGGUGAACCCACAAUAGAGCAAGGGCACACUGUAAAUAAAUAAUAUUUUCAAACAAAUUAAGCAAUUUUUUUUUGCUAGUUUUCUUAUUAAAUUAUAUUUUUAGAAUGUGUCGCGGGCCACACUUUGGACACCAUUGGUGUAGUCCAAAAUCUAGCAUUGAUGCCGGAAUUUAGACAAUCUUACUUUUAGUAAUCCCUGCGCGGCGUCUCGAAGAAGCGCUAUUGUGCACUUUAUCCACUUUUUCCAUACACACUAUCUUUCAUCUAAGGUAAUAGAUGAUAGCACGUGCAAUGUAACAUUAAGAAGUGCGCCAGGAGAACACAAACGUCAGCAGCACUAGCAUACCUCGACGGAUAGUUGAGCGCUUUAUUUUAAGAUGUGUAGCGAAGCCUGUCUUUUUUUUGAUGAAAGUUUGUUUGAACUUCGCUCAAAAGUGGAGCAAACAAGUAAGGUAGAUGAUAGAUUUUUCUCACGUUUGGCGCUAGAUCAUCAUUAAAAAAGUCACUUUUGCAUACAAAACUAUGUUCUGUCCUCUCUACUUAAAAUCGUACUGCUUUGAACGCUUCCCUUGUUCUGGAAAAGUAUUUCUGUACAUAAUAUAUUUAUAUAUUGUUUUGUCCCGUUUUUAGUGUUUUUGUUUGCUCUACUUGCUAGUACAGUGGUAAAUAUUGUGGGCGAAAGCUCACGUUUUUGAGAGUUUCCCUUCUUCUCAAUAAAUAAUCUGCACUACAAAAAAUAAUCAUCU